AUGAGCGUCGUCACUUCUGAACGGCUGACCCUCCACAAGUGUGUGCAUUUAAAAUCUCCUCGAAUUUCCUUUUCAAUACCAAAACGCGUUCGUAAAGCCCAAGGGAAGGAUUUAUACUUCGGUUACUUCCAACUGUUUGUGUGUCGCUCUUGUUUCCGCCGUUUUAUUGCAAGUGUUGCUUCUCGGCUGUGGGCGGGGUCAUGUGGUUGGGCACCGAACACUUUUUUUUUUUUACAGCUGCAGUGCUUACAUCUUGGGUACAACUACUUCCCCUUUCCGUGGUUUUUGCGUAAUCAUUCAUUCCGCGGGGGUAUUUGCUCAUAUAUAUAUAUAUAUAUGUGUGUGUGUGUGUGUGCACAACUUCUUUCUUUUAGUCCUUUGGUUAAUCCACCGUGCUAUGUGGUACCUUAUUUUUUGUGUUUUACUUACACACCUGUUUCUUCAAUUUUCUGUUCCGUGUCCGGAAGGGAAUGA